UUGAACAAGAUGGCCAAAUAUAGAACUCAACCACGAGACCAUUUCCGAUUUGAAGGGGAAAUUUCUCUUUUCUUUCCAAAUGUUAGAAAACAUUAUCAUCAUUAUUGAAAUCCCCGAUUCUCACUUGACCCAUAAGCCGGGCGCAUCAUCGUUGGACAGUUUAAUGACCAUUUUGGAGGUGAAUUCGGAGGAUUUUGAUUCAGGGUACGCCUAGGCUACUAAAUGAAUCAAUGAAAGCAACAGCCUAUGGAAGGCAUACUUGGACCCUACUUGCCCGACCCUGUACUCUGAAAGUUACAAAGGGCAAUUUGUAGGGUCCAAGUUACUCGCAUUAACAUAUUGCCAUGAAGGAAGACGAAGACAGGUCUUUCCGUCUUCUCCAUUUUGUUUCCACAACUGUUCCCUUUGUCCUCAGCAGUAAAUUUUCAAUCAGCUGCAGAGAACUUGACUUUGCCAAAUUUGCCCAAACUUCCUUGCAAACUUAAAAUCAAGUUUUGUGGCUCUUACCAUGCGCGUCGAAAGAGGUCGGAGGUCGAGUUUUAUAGACUGGUACAUGGUGCACGGAAACCGCAAUUGGAAACUAACCUCGUUCCCAUGGGUGAGAUCUUGUCACACCAUGUGGUUGUCACCAUGCCUUGCGCGAUCAAGUUAGUGAAGGAACGCGCACGCAGCCCAUCCCCAUGGAGUCGAGGUUGACGGGAAACUGUGCACUGAUUGCAUGUUCGUGUGGACAUGUAAUGUACGUCACGCAAGUCUCCUCUUUGGUGUCGUAAUUACGGAAGCAUCUAGCAAAAUGUGACGACCUGCCACCACUGUACCAGGAGUGGAGGAGGUUUUGUCUGUGAUUUCCAAACAACGCAGGUGGGAACUGAAAAAAUGGAAGUCAGUGCAGACGUUUACCUGAAUUCGACCACGCUCUUGGUGGCUGUAGGAACCUUGGUUGCCUACGCACUGUACAGAAGCACCAAACGGCCCUCAGGCUUCCCACCCGGGCCAACUGCACUACCGCUUGUCGGAAAUAUUCCUCAGUUUUAUUUUGCAAAAUCCACCCUACAAGUCUUCAAAGAUCUGUGGCAAAAAUACGGAGCAGUGUACUCCUUGAAGUUUGCCAGCACCAAUAUUGUCGUUCUGAACACUAUUGAUGUGGUCAAAGAGGCAUUUAUCAAGAAAGCCACAGUGUUUGCUGGACGUCCUGAGUCAUACUCAAUUGGAUUGUUCACUGACGGAUUCAAGGACAUUGCCUUCUCAACAUAUGGCCCUCAAUGGCGUUACCAACGCAAACUCGGCCACACUGCGAUCAGGCAUUUCGCACAGAAGGAGCAGUUGGAGAAGCUUGUGUUUGACACCAUCCCUCAAAUCUCCAAAUAUCUUGACGACCUGGGAGAUAAGCCAUUUGCUCCUAAAUGGAUAAUGGGCCAAAUCGUCUUCACUGUCAUAGCCAACUUGUGCUUCGGGAAGCAGUACCAGUUCAAUGAACCAGAACUCAUGAAAUGGAUUGACGCCUACACUAAUGUGAUUCAGUGUCUGAUUGAUGGUCUACCAGCCGAUUACAUACCCCUCUUUCGGUACAUCCCAACCCCAAAGGAGACCAAAUUCAAGAAAUUCCUGAAAAUAUUCCAUGACAAGUUUUAUCAUGAGUUCAACAAACAUCGUCACAGCUUCGAUCCAGAGUGCAUAAAUGAUUUCUUGGACUCGUUGCUGCGCACCCAGAAGGAGAAUAUUGAAGCGGGAGAGGAGGGAGCUGACCGUCUGACAGACACUCACCUCGUCCAGACAGUGGUAGAUACUGUUGUGGCGGCAACAGAGACAACAACGGUAAGUUUACACUGGGCUGUCGCUCUAAUGGCAGAGCACCCCAGCAUUCAGGAAAAGAUUGCCAUGGAAAUUGAUGAGGUCGUAGGCCGGGAUCGCAUGCCGUCGCUGGAUGACAUGGGUUCACUGCCUUUCACUGAAGCCACCAUCCUGGAGAUUCUGCGCUAUGGUUCAGUAAUUCCCUUUGGUGUUCCACAUCGUGUGAUGGCUGACACAACUUUGGGUGGAUACAACAUUCCAAAGGGAACAACGGUGUUGAUCAAUCUUUUUGCUUUGCACUACGACCGCAGUCAAUGGGUUGAGCCAGAGAUAUUCCAACCAAAACGUUUUCUGGAUAGCAAUGGGCGGCUGGCCUCUCAACUCCCAAACAGCUUCUUACCCUUCUCCUGCGGACGCCGCGUCUGCCUCGGUAAGGACUUCGCCCAGAAGGAAAUCUUCUUGCUUUUCACGUGGCUGCUGAGCCGUUACACGAUCUACAAGGUACCGGGCAAGGAAGGGGAGUCCUUGCUGACGGUGAAAGAGUCGGCAGCCUUUGCUCACCAACCCUACGACGAGAUUGAAGUCUGCGUGAAGAGACGCUUCUAGGCUCAAUGAUUGAGGGCCAUGUUAAGAGUGAUACCCAUGUCGUGUCAGUCCUGUACCUUUUGUAGGGUUUGGCAAGAGUUUAUAUGUUAGGAAGGCUGUACGAGUUAGUCUUCAUGCAGUGCAGUUUUAUUCUGAUAUAAGGUGGAUUUACUGAAUGUAGGUGUAGAUAAUGGGGAAGAAAGGAAAUCGUCAAAACAAUGGUGAAAUAUUUUUAUAAGAAAUAUAUUUUUUAGUUUUUGGAAGACUGGAGUGCGUCCAAAUUAUAUAGAAAUAUUGUUUUAAAGGUUUACCUUAAAAGAGGAUAUUUUCAAAGUACAUGUAGGGCCUAUGAGAAAUAAAGAUUUUUACCACGUAGACCCCGAAUUGUCAAAAUGUAAAGGAUGUCUGUUAUUGAAAGAUGAACCCAGUGCACGGUUAUUUGCCUGUGUGUCCGUUUAACAUUCUACCUGUGUGUCAGUGCAGUGUUCUUCGUCUCCAGUUAGUUAACCACACCGCACUGUCAAUGGCAGUCUGCAUGGAAGCCACAACCUCAUCGGGUGAAGUAGAUAUCUUGUCAAAGAAGUAGGGGAUAUUUAUAAUACUCGGACUCAACUGCAAGAUGGAAACUGAUUUUUCGCCUAUAUGUGUUUACUUUCUGGGGAAGUGAGAAUCUUCUUCCCCAAUACAUGUGCCACAUCUUAUUCCUUGAAUGGGUGGCAUCAAGUAAAGAUAGACACAUCCAUUUUGUCUUUUUCUGUACAUUGUGACUUAAUUUGGGUUUUGUAUUGUAAUGAUGUAUAUAUUUUGUACUGCUUGUUCUUAUUUCAACGAAGUAACUUCCAAGAAAGCUCAGGAUACAAAAUAUUUCUUCCUUGCAUUUCAGCUGUGCUGGUUGAUUGCAGUUUUCAGUUUGCAGUGAUGCAGAACUAUUGAAUACAUUCACCUGAUUUUUCUUGUCCUGUCUUUCUUCUUGAUUUUCUUGCCGGUAACCCUGAACACUUGUUGUUCAACGUUUGCUAUGUGCCACCUUUUUCUGUUUCUGCAGUUGUGAUCUGUUUUAGUCAAACCUCACUUGAUAAUAAGUCGUUACACAAUCGCAUGCUACCCGUUGACUUGGUCGAAAUUAACAUCGCUCCGCCGAGUACAUGUAAUUUAUUUUAAAAGGAGUGAUAAGUCUUCCACUUUCUUACUGAAUGGCUUGUCCAACAAAAAGUGAUGCAAUACAAAAGGCGGUGCAAAACAUAA